AUGGCGCCCAAAACCUUGAACGAUUUGAAGCGCAAAGACCUGUUUCAGACAAAGGGAUACAUCAAUGAUAGCUGGGUCGAUGCAGUCUCGGGCAAAACGUUCGAUGUGUACGACCCUGCUACACUCGACAAACUCGCGACCCUGCCCGAGAUGGGUGCUGCAGACACCGACAAAGCCAUUACAGCUGCACAUGAAGCCUUCCAGAGUUUCAAAAAGACGAGCGCCCGCCAGCGAGCGAGAUGGCUCAGGAAGUGGAGCGACCUCUGUCUAGACAACCUCGACGAUCUUGCUUUGAUUCUCACCCUCGAAAAUGGCAAGACUCUUGCCGAAGCCAAAGGUGAAGUCACUUAUGCGGCGUCUUUCCUCGAAUGGUUUGCCGGCGAGGCGGAAAGAGUGCACGGCGAGGUCGUCCCUCCAGCCAACCUAAAUCAACGAAUCUUGACUUUCAAACAACCCAUUGGUGUCGCAGCAUGUCUGGCCCCCUGGAACUUCCCAAUCGCCAUGAUAACGAGAAAGGUGGGUGCGGCGCUAGCAGCAGGAUGCACAACAGUGUGGAAACCGGCUGGGGAGACUCCGUUAAGCGCUCUUGCACAAGCUGUCCUCGCGCAUGAAGCUGGAUUUCCAAAAGGCUCAAUCAACGUUGUUACCACUCUCAAUCUUGUCAGUGAAGUCGGCGAUGCACUGUGUAAGAGCAGUCUGGUCCGAAAACUGAGCUUUACCGGCAGUACUCGCGUGGGUAAACUCCUCGCAAGACAAUGCAGUGAUAGCCUCAAGAAACUAUCGCUUGAAUUGGGUGGUAACAGCCCGUUUAUCGUGUUUGACGAUGCCAAACUCGAAACUGCGGUAGAAGCCUGCAUAAUGGCCAAGUUCCGAAACUCUGGCCAGACCUGUGUGACUGCCAACCGCAUUUUUGUACAGAAGGGCAUCUACGAAAAGUUUGCCGAAGCUCUGACGGUCAGAAUCAAAUCACUUAAAGUCGGUCCAGGAACCGAGGAUGGAGUCUUCGUGGGCCCAUUGACGCACGAGCGGGCCGUCGAGAAGGCGAUGAACCACAUCAACGAUGCAAAGAAACACGGCGGUCAGGUCAUCCUGGGUGGAGAACCGUUGAAGGACUUCAAGGGGUAUUUCCUUCAGCCGACAAUUAUCAAAGGGAUGAACCGGGAGAUGAUCACCACGCGGGAAGAGACUUUUGCCCCGGUCGUCGGUCUUUACGAAUUCGACACCGAGGAGGAUGUCCUCAAAAUGGCAAAUGACUGCAACGUUGGUCUCGGGUCGUUCAUCUGCACUGAAAACAUUCCACGGGCAUUCCGGGUCACCGAGGCACUGGAAGUCGGCAUGGUGGGAGUAAACCUUGGAAUGCUCAGCGCGUGCGAGAGUCCGUUUGGUGGCGUCAAGGAAAGCGGUUAUGGACGAGAAGGUGGCCGACAAGGGAUCGAGGAAUACCUGAGCGUCAAGUCCAUGUUGAUCAACGUGGCCAACUGA